AUGAGCAUACCUUCGUCAUCGUGGUUUAACUUCUGGUCAAGCAAGAAUAAUGAUACCGAGGAGAACAAUCAAGAUGAGACGGCUCAACCAAGACAAAGUGCUUUAGGUGAUGCAACGGAAGAAAGUGUUGGAGCAAAGAGGAGACCUGUUGCCACUUUACAGUCACGACAGGUGACAUUACGACAAAAGACAUCCACCACGUCAUUAGCCUCUAAAACAUCAGGCAGUUGGCUAAAUUGGAAAAAAGAGCCAGUAAAUAACCAAGUCGCAUCAGAUGAUCAAGAAGAUAUAAACGAGGAUGAGGAACGUGAUGAUGGAAAUGAUGAGGAGAUUGAGCUGACGAGCAAUAGUAACGACGAGGAUGAUGUUGCUGAUGACAACGGUGAUGAAAUAGAUGACCAUGUGGCAGCACCACGAAGGGGUAUAAACUGGUUUUGGAAUAGUACCUCGAAGAACAGUGCAAAUGUUAAUAAUGGAGAUCAGAUAGCAAAGAAGGACGAGGUGGAAGAUACUAAGAAAGAUGAUAAAAAAGAACUUACAAAGGAUGAUGUCAAAGAUGAUAAAAAGGAUGAAAAGAAGGAUGAUAAAACCCACAAACAUACUUUUGAGACAAAUACGAUUUUGACACCGUCAAUCCCCACAAGACAAGAGUUGACCAACGCUGCAAAGAAAGUACCCGAUGAAGCUCAACAGGAUGAUGCAGUAUUGUAUAAACCUCACGACAAAGCAGCUCAGUUUAACCAAAUCAAUACACAUAAAAACGAAAACUUGAAAGAAAAUGUCAUUGUUCCCAAUUGGUCAACAUGUCUUCCAAUCGCACCCGAGGGACACGUGUUUCAUAAUUCAUCGACAUCGAACCCUAAUAACUCAAAUCAAACUAUUAGGACAGACUUGAAGAACUGGAGACAAUUUUUAACCCAAAUAUCAGCAAAGUUUGGUCUUACAACUAGUGCUGAUACAGAACUGCAACAAGAUAGUAGAGCCGAAGAAGACGUUGGGUUGCUAUAUGAACGGUCAUACAAGCUUUACGGCAAAUCUUUGGCAGUCUUGCCACAGCACAAACGUGCUUGCUUGCCCAACUAUAACAAGUAUUACCAUAGUACUGAUGAUCCUGUUUCACAAUACCAAGAGGACCAAGAUGACCCAAAUGCCAUAACAAUCACCAAUGACGCCAUGGGUAACCUAUUGAUCAACAAUAGAAACAGGAGAAGGGGUCCCGUAAAUACUGAAGUUGUCAACCACAAAUCAGGUCCUUUGGAAAAGAUUAAGAACAUUUUAAUCAUUGGUGUACAUGGAUUCUUUCCUACGCGAAUGAUUCGUCCAUUAAUUGGUGCUCCCAAGGGUACGUCUUUGAAAUUUGCCAAUGAAGCAGAAAAAGCUGUCAUUCGUUAUUGCGUUGAUAAUAACCUUAUAGAUGAUGACCAGUCUAAUGUCAGUAUUCAAAAAAUUGCUUUAGAGAAAGAAGGUAAAAUUUUUGACAGAGUUCAUUUCUUUACUGAAAUUUUACAGAAGUGGGAAAAGGAGCUCAACAAUGCUGACUUUAUAUUCAUUGCGUCACAUUCACAAGGAUGUGUUGUUUCAAUAAUCUUACUUGCAAGGUUGAUUAGGAUGGGGAUUUUAAAAGACCCAAUACAUAAGCGAAUUGGAUUACUAGGUAUGGCUGGUAUUAACAAUGGCCCUUUCUACGGAGUUGACAAGUCAUUUUUUAUGAAGGCUUAUUCUGCAAUUGAGCAUGAGUCGUUGAAUGAAUUAUUUGAAUUGACGAAAUUUGAUAGCUCUCAAUCAGUGGUUUACAAAGAGUCAAUACGAACCAUUAUCAAUGUCAAUGUGAAAAUAUGCUUUAUUGGAUCCAUUAAUGACCAGCUAGUACCAUUAUAUUCAGCAUUGGCAUCUCAUUUGUUCCAUCCGAACAUUUAUCGUGCUUGCUACAUCGAUUAUGGGUCUUCAACCCCAACAUUUAUCGAGAAAUUAGUUUCCAUUUGCUCAAAUCUUUUAAAUUUGGGAUUUUUUGACAAUAAUGUCGUCAAAGAGUUGAGUACGUCCUUGGCGGGACCAUUAACGGGCGGUGGACACUCAAAAAUUUACAAUGAUGGUAAAGUUUAUGAUUUAGGAAUAAAGUUUUUCUUGGAUACCGAUGACUUGGUUAUUCCUCAUGAUGGAAAGAUUGACUAUGAUGACUUUGAUAACAGUGAAUUACCAGUAUCAAAUCAAGUUUACAUUAAGGAGUUUAAUGUGGGCAAAAUUGGUACUAAUCCGUUUAUCUUGCCCUGGUGUUUACGGGGAUUGUUGUUUAAUAUAGAAAAGAAUUGGCCAACGAGGGAUUAUUUCAUCAAUGAGCACGAUGGUUCCAAAGAGGAAACGAGUUUAACUAAUGGGUUUACUGAAGUACAUGACUUGUAUGACGUGUUUGAGCAAUGGAAACCAAUGGCAAAGAUACACAAGGAUCUAAAGUUUAGAUUGAAUGGGUUCAGGGCGAGUAAAUUGUGA